UGCAUGCGCAGGUUCUGGACAAGCACUGCCGUUGUUUACUCUGCGAGAGUGGCUCUCGUAGAGCGAUAGAAUAGCGCGGACAACACCAGCAAAUCCAAAAACCUCCGGAUAAGGGUCGCUUUUAAAAGCACACUGGGGGUUGCACUCCCAGAUCCCCGCAGACAUGUGUUGCGGGUCCGUUCGCUUGUGACUCACAAUCCCAACGACGAGCUCACAAGUUGUGAGCUCGUCGUUGGGCCCGUCUACACAAUUAUCGAGCGGCUCUGCUUCGCGGGCACCUCGCUCGGGCUUGCUUCGGCUACGCUCCGCGCACCCGCCCACUACCGCCUCUAUUAAAGUCAUUUUUUUUCACGAUCUGUGUUCACAGAUUUGACAGUAUGCUUGAUUACCUUUCCUUCUUACUUUGCUUGGAUACAAACGCGUGCUAAGCACUUAUUGUUAGCUGGGUAAAACCAGCUUUUGACACGAUUCAGUUCUCAAUUCGCCUCGCCGGACGCAUUUACCGAUUCUGGAGCCAACCGUACAAGAAAAAAGAGCAUGAAACUCGCCUUCAUCCUGCUCGCGGCUCUGCUGUUUGCCACUGGAAGCGCACUACCAACACACGUGAAAAUAGCACAUGCCUCACCAAGUCUGGUUCAGUCAUCUCAGGAUGCGCGGAAAGCCGAUGUCACGGGAGGGAGAUUUUUGCGCUCGAGCGAACGUGUAAACGAAGCCAACGAAGAGAGGGGCAAACUUGCCGGGUUGUUUCUGCUUGACGACAUCACUGCAGCGCAAAAGGAAUCGAUCAAGAAACUAGCUCCGACGUUUGCGAAAUUGGAUGAGAAGGACGAUGGAGCAAUUGAUUUAUUCGAUAUGUUAAUUCGUCAAGGGCAUUCGGUAAAGAGCGCUGAAAAGGCGGGGGACCUAUACACUAUAUAUCUUCGCAAUCCAUCAGCUUUCCAUGCUUCCUAGAACCAGGUGAGAUCUAGUUUGUAGUACAUCGGUACUAUCACUAUUGAGAGAAUAAAUGGCGAAAUGCGGUCAAAUAUAUCGUUGUGUUGGGGGAAA